CUCGUCCUCGCGGAGUACGAUUCCCCUCUUUCCGCCUCUAGCAGUCUCUCCUUCGAUAGAUCUCCGCUUGAACCCUAGAUUCAGAUCUGAAGGCCAGGUCACUUCUUCCUCUUCCGCAUAGUGUAAUCGGACUAGUUGUAGUUUGGCUGGAAUACAGGGUCGUACAAAAUGGUUGUUCUUGCAGCUUCUAUCAUAACUAAGUCUGGAAAAGUGUUAGUUUCAAGGCAAUUUGUGGACAUGUCUCGAAUUAGGAUAGAAGGAUUGCUUGCUGCAUUUCCAAAGUUGGUGGGAACUGGAAAGCAGCAUACAUAUGUUGAGACUGAGAAUGUUCGCUAUGUGUACCAACCAAUAGAAGCACUUUAUCUGCUGCUUGUUACAAACAAACAGAGUAAUAUUCUUGAAGAUCUGGACACACUGAGACUCCUGUCCAAACUUGUGCCUGAAUAUUCACCCUCUUUAGAUGAAGAGGGCAUAUGUAAGAUGGCUUUUGAAUUGAUUUUUGCUUUUGAUGAAGCCAUCUCACUAGGGAACAAAGAAAAUUUGACUGUUGCUCAAGUUAAACAGUACUGUGAGAUGGAGAGCCAUGAGGAAAGAUUGCACAAGUUGGUCAUGCAAAGUAAAAUUAAUGAGACUAAGGAUGUCAUGAAGCGGAAAGCUAGUGAGAUAGACAAAAGCAAGAUUGAAAAGAACAGAGGCGAUAAAGGAGGGUUUAUGUCUUUAUCUGGCCCUCGAAGAAUUGAGAGUAGCUUUAGUGAUAUGAGUAUUUCGAGUUCUGGAAGUGGCUUUGGCAGUGGUUCUGGAUUUGGAUUGGGUGCUGAUGUUGAAUCCUUCUCUAGCAAGCCCAAAGGUCGCCCACCUGCAUCGGCUAAUGCCCCCCCUAAAGGACUUGGUAUGAAGCUAGGCAAAACACAAAGGACAAACCAGUUUUUGGAAUCGCUAAAGGCUGAAGGGGAAGUAAUUCUUGAGGAUGUGCAGCCCACUGCUGCUCUGUCGAAGUCAUCUCUUCCGCCAACUGAUCCAGUCACAUUAACCAUUGAAGAGAGAUUAAAUGUUGUAAUCAGGAGAGAUGGUGGUCUUAAUAACUUCGAUAUUCAAGGAACACUUUCUCUCCAAAUUCUUAAUCAGGAAGAUGGAUUUGUCCAGUUGCAGAUUGAAAACCAAGAUGUUCCUGGCCUUAGCUUCAAAACCCAUCCUAACAUCAAUAAAGAGUUAUUCAACAGCAAGCACAUUAUAGGCUUGAAAGAUUCCAACAGGCCAUUUCCUACUGGUCAAAAUGAUGUUGGCCUUAUGAAGUGGAGAAUUCAAGGAAUGGAUGAAGCUGCUUUGCCUUUAACUGUAAACUGCUGGCCCUCUGUGUCUGGCGGUGAAACUUAUGUUAACAUAGAGUAUGAAGCAUCUGAGUUGUUUGACUUACAAAAUGUUGUUAUCUCCAUACCUCUCCCUGCACUUAGGGAGCCACCAAGUGUGAGGCAGAUAGAUGGAGAAUGGAAGUAUGACUCAAGAAAUUCCACAUUAGACUGGUCUAUUCUUCUUAUUGACCAUUCCAACCGCAGUGGAUCAAUGGAGUUUGUUGUGCCUCCAGCUGAUUCAUCAGUAUUCUUCCCUAUUACCAUCAGAUUUACUGCUGCAAGCACAUAUAGUGAUGUUAAGGUUGUAAAUCUCAUGCCACUCAGAAGCAAUGCUGCUCCAAAGUACUCGCAGAGGAUUCAGUUGAUCACAGACACUUACCAAGUUAUCUAAAUUACGAUGGAAAUGAUAAGUGUGAUGAAAUAAACUUGGAUUUGCUCGACUCGGUAUCUACAGUAGGGACCCAUUUUGUUUAGUCAUGCAUCGACUUUUGAUUAUACAACUGUUCUCAACGUUGCACUCGGUUUUCGAUACCGUUACCGUUAUGUUUUAUCGAAGAACCAUUUGGAAAAAGUAUACGUUCAUGUGUGUUGCUGUAACAAGCAUUGUGAAGUUUGGAUUUGUUAAGAGGACCAUUGGCCCCAAGAACAUGUUGCAGGUUUUACCU